GUCCCAUUCUGCAAACGGUGCUGCACCAGUUGAGUAGUCCUCGACUUACGACUGGUUGGGGGUCGUGGCAUUAAAAAGGUUAAGAACCACUGAUCUAGGCAGUCCUGGACCACAGGGACUACCCUGAAUUGACCAGGGUCGUCCCUCCUGGGCUCAUGUAUUUGGUGCUGGAUGCAAGGACUGAUUUGUGUCCCCAAGGAAAAGAGGCUGAGCCGCUCCCAUUGCCAGCCACAUGCUAAGCCUCUCCCGGAGGGAGCCCCAAAGCCCGGUGCUGACCAGUAACAGCCCCAAGGCAGCGAAUGAAUGAUUAACUGCCCUUGUGUGCCGGCAGGGAUGGAGCUCCCGACAGGCAGCUGUGUGGCUCCCCUUGGCUGGGAGACUCUGGGGAAGUUUUCAGGGACGGGGGGAGCCCUCUGCCAGGGUCCCUUUUGCCACUGCACAAAAAGUGCCUCUCCUGAGCCCCCAGCUACCCCCAGCCCUCCUGGGAAGGGCUCUGCCUUUCCAGAGAGGAUCCUGCUUAGGCCCUCAGCAGUGGGGGAUGAAGAUGGUGGGGCAGGCCAAGAACUUUUCUGCCUGGGGAGCAGCACCUACAAAACCUGCUUCCUCUCCACGCUCUCGUCCACUCUCUGUGCCCGCCUACUGAGGCUGCUCUGCGCAGAUGGGCUGAAUCCACCGGCACUUAUGCUGUGCGCUGGUGUGUUUAUGGCCGCUCCUUUGAAACGCCUGGGCUACAAUGCAGGGAUCUUGUUCCAGCGUGGGGAUCUUUGUCUCAGUUGGGCGCUCUGUCCCCUAGUCGAGAGGCAUGGCUCGAAGGUUUUUCCAGGCAGCCAGCCCCAGAGGGCUGAACAGUCUGGGGUAUGGGUCUUGGAGGAGUCAGGACUCGCUUGCCCCCCCCAGGGGCAAAGAAUGCUCCCACUAGGUCUGAUUCCAGGCCAGGGAAUAGUGACCCUUCUUUUCUGUCUGGCAAAAUCGUGAGCAGGAACAAGGAUUGCUUUGUGCAAUAAUUAGCAGCCAGCCAGCAAACUCUCUUCUCCCUACGCACUCAAGGCUGGCCUUGCCUCUCUCAGCUUCCUUCUGGCGAGCUGGCUUGCUACUGCUUCCACCUCCAAACAUCCAAGUUCAGUGGGGCCUGCCCCUCACGGCUCACUGCAGGAUUCCAACUGCAGAACGGACCUGCCUUCUCUCCUUCUCCUGGGCUCCUCGGUGGCCAGGAGCACAGGACAGAUCACCCGAGGAAGAAGGCUGCAAUGUGGAACCCCUCGAAGACCCCUUCCUGUGACCCAUCUCUGAGACUGACCAGCCCCUGUGCCUGAAGCUGGCACAAGGUCUCCGUGAGAAGCUGGACCAGGUCUUCCUGCUGGAGAAGAUUAACUCUGACUCUUCCCUUCUUCUCAGCUGCUGGGUGUGGCUCUUUCACAGCCGCAUGCCCAGGCCUUGUGGGCUCUCCGUGUCCUGGGGCCAGCACAACUGGCUCUAGUUCAGCCAGACCACGAGGAGUCCCUGCCUUCUCCCUGCUGAGCGUGUGACUGGCAGUGAAGGGCUGCCCUCCUCUCUCUCAGCUUGGGCCUGGUCUCCGAGCACAGGGUGCAAGCCAGUGCCUGCAACAGCGCUGACUCUUGAACCACUCUUUAUGGGGGCUGAUUCUGCAGGAGUCCUUGAGAAGAUCCCCCAACUGGUGGUUCUAUGAUGGAUCUCAUUUGGUGGAAGAUGGGGGGAAGGCGGCCCUCUCACAGAAGAUGCGCUCUGGCGAUGAGCUGGUGAACAUCAACGGCACUCCGCUCUAUGGCUCCCGGCAGGAAGCGCUCAUCCUGAUCAAGGGCUCCUACCGCACGCUCAAGAUGAUCAUCCGGAGGAGGAACGUGCCCUUCAUCCGGCCCCACUCAUGGCAUCUGGCCAAGCUCUCCAAAGACCAGACAGAGGGCACCAUGACUUUUCCUGCUGACCCCCUGAGUCUCUCCUGGCACUUGGACUGCGAGACAAGUGACCUGCCUUUGCCGUGGAACCCUCUCUCUCCCCACUGCACCACAGAAAAGAACGGCUCCCUUGGGAGCAUGGAAAGUCUGGACCCGACCAGCCAGACCUACUAUGAGGGCAGCCUGUUCCCCAUUGACCAGGCCAUGUACCAAAGCAAGCGGGACUCUGCCUACAGCUCCUUCUCGGCCAGUUCCAGCACUUCUGACUCUGCGCUGCGACCUGAGGAGGCCGGCUCCGUGGAUGGCACCCAGCCCGGUCAGCUGCCAGAGCCUCGAUACCUGCAGACGGGGGGGGAGCCGGCAGGCCUGCCCUCCCCAGCUUCUGGCGUCCGGUUGCCCUCCAGCGUCCAGUCAGGCUCUCUUCCCAGCCCUGCCAAAGCGGCUGCUGUCCCUCCCCAGCCGCCUAUGAGACAGGACAGUCUGCGUGCGUGUAAUUCCCCGCUGGAAGACCCAAGAGCCCCCAGCCACACAGGUUCUUUGUGUCCUGAGGAUCGGUGGAGCUCGGACACAGCCCUCUGCACACCUGGCAGAGAUCCCCAUGGGCAGUUGGCCACCACAGGCCCCCUGAAGGACUCUCCAGUUACUGACCAGUACUACCUGCUGAGCUCACACACAGAAUCGCACUCCGGGAUGAUGAAGAAGGGCCCACAAACCACCCCCUCCUCUUUGGCUGAGAGCCCCAGCUGCCCUGUAGCAGACCCCCCUGAAGAGAAGGAGCGCACGGGGGAGGCCAACAACCAUGCAGAGCCCCCUUCUUCCUGGAAGGCUGGCUGGGCCGGGCCCUUCCGCCAUCGCCACAGCAUCCCAGAACACAUGCUGGUUGCCCAGUUGCAGGCCUUGGAUGUCUCCCGUGGCCAGGAGGGUCCCCACUGGACAGUGUCCCCCCUGCACAAGGAGCAGAAGGGCAUGCAGGCUCCAGAGCCAUGGCUAAAUCUAGACCAGUGUGGCCAGAACCCCUGGGCGCCAGCAGAAGAGCCAGAUUGCCCCCCAACUGCAGAGGAGGGGUCACCUUUCCCACAGGGCACUUGUACAGCCCUCACGGCCCUGAGUGGUUCCCCGCCACUGCCGGCAUUGGGCAAUGCCAGCACCCCUCAGCCACGAUUCCAGGCAGCCCCCCACAUUGAUGGUUUGCCAGACACUCAAAGGAGCCUCCCGACUGCCCAGAAGGCCCAGCAUCGCUCUGCGCAAAUCCGCCGGCGCAGUGACCGCUUUGCCACCAACCUGCGGAAUGAGAUCCAAUGGCGCAAAGCCCAACUGCAGAAGGCCAAAGGUUCCGGGGGGCUAAGAUGCGAAGAGGAGCCCCCCCCAGAGGAGCCCCCCAGCCACACUGCGACUCCUGCCUUAGGGGAGGGCAGAUUCCGUGGCUCCUCUGGGCUGCCAGCUGUGGCCCCCAAGCGGUGGGGCCCUGAGCUAAGUGUGUUCGGGGAGGAGAAAGCCCCAUGCAGCCCCCGAAGGCUGUCUGGGGACCUGGUGCCCAAGGAGAAGCCUCUGCCACUGACCUGUGCGGGAGGAGGGGGAGGCGGCCGCUGGCGGUGGUCCCCGCAGCACAAGCUCCAGCCUCAGGAAUCAGAGCCAGGGCCUUCCUCACAGCCACCUUCGGAGGAACCUGGCCUUUGGCCUUUUGCUGACCGGCGGAAGUUCUUUGAGGAGACGAGCCGCCUGCUGCCCACCAGGCCCUACGGUUCCCUUCAGGGCAGGCUUGACGGCACACGGACCCCCGAGGCAGAGAAGUCAGGAAGCACUGAGCACGGGGACUUCCUGUGCCACUCUCUUGAUCAGUCCUACCGUUGCCCAUCUUCGCCCCCCAAGUACCAGGAUUUUCAGCCAGAGAUUCUGGGGCCAUGCAAGUCCCUGGCUCGAUCCGGUAUGGACACUGAGCGUUGGUGGGCUCUUCCUUGCUCAUGCGCUAUCCGAGAAUCCUGCGCCUACAGCUUUCGGGAUGAGUGCGCCAUGCUGCAUUCAAAGAACAUUCCAGUGCCACCCAGCCACCAUGCCCACCGUUGUCAUCCCUGUUCCUGGAGCUGCCACAGUGAGUGCUGUUGCCCAGGUCAGCAGAAGCUCCUGGAGGAUGGAGAUCCCUGGCAAGCAAGGAAGCGUUUUCAAAUGGAAUUCCCUUUAGACGAAUGGGAGCCCUCCGCUGUGAACAGAGCAAGCAGCCACACUGUGAGUCAGCUUCUGCAGCACAAGGUGGCCUUCGCUAGGAUCAGCCCUUACUGGACCUGCUUUGAGCGCACCGAUCCGGCUGGGCCUCCUUUAUGCCGGGCCUCAUCCACGCAUGAUCUCUCCUGGGACUGCGAGCAGCCAAGGCGGGUCACAGAGAAGAGGGGUUUGGAAGGGGGGCCCAGCGAGGCUCACAAACCCCUCUUGCGUGAAAGGGCCUAUUCGGAGAGCCACCUCUGCACUGAGCCUGCUGGUGUCUCUGUGAGGGAGUGGCAAGAAGCCCUGUUGGCCAAGGCAGAGGAGACAUCACCAAAGUCACCACCAUGCCAAGCCAGAAGAAGGGGGCCCCCGCCUCCACGCCCGCCUCCACCCAACUGGGAGAAGUACCGCCCAGCCCGGGCUUCACACCAGCACCUUCUCCCUGCCCAAGCCUGCCUGCCCGUGCAUGCACGGGACUCCUGGGCCCCGGGCCAGCCUGGCUUCGAAGCAGCCAGGCAGCGUUCUCAGAGCCUCCCUGCGGAGCAGUUGUGGCACCACAGGCCGCAACUGCAGUGCCCGCGGCUGCCCUGUGCAGGACCCGAUAGCACCCCUUCCACCCCGAAGCAAGACAACUCCCACUACUACUGCCAUGGGUCGCCAUCCCGGAGCCUGGAGUGGCUGAUGACUGAGGCGAGUGACUGGAGUGCCCCAUCCAGGGCAGCCAGUUCCUUGGAGGGGGCAGCCACUGAGGCGCAUCCCCUGGUCGGGGAGCAGGAGACAUCAGCCGGCAGCCCCUCAGAGCAGCCCCACAUCUGGCGUGUGCCUGUGUCCCAGGAUGCUGCAGGAGAGAGUCACAAAUCAGGGCCUCCCCCCUUGCGCCUGAGUUCGGAGGAACUGAUGAGAGAUGUGGCGGGCAAGGACCGCUCCCUGGCUGGAGUGCUGAGCUCCGGUUUCGGACUCCGGUCAGCAGCCGAGGUGAUGGGUGACCUCUUUGCUGCAAGCAGCUGCCCUCUCUGGCCAAGGCAAGACUGGUUACCACCAGGCAGUGGUCCCAGCUGCCCUGAAAGGCAGCAGAGUUCUCCUGAGUCUGGGGGAGCCCCCCCCUCCUACUUGACUUACCUCAAUCUGUCAGCGGGCACAGCCGAGUUGCUGAACAAAACGAAGGAGCCAUCCGAGUUGGCUGCAGCCUCUUCAGAAGAGGACCUGGCUCAGAAGAAGGUGCAGCUGAUCGAGAGCAUUGGACGGAAGCUGGUGGUGCUGCAGGAGGCCCAGCAGAGUCUGCAGGAUGACCUGAGUGCCAAUACGGCCCUUGGCAGAGAGGUAGAGAAUUACAUCAAGGGGGCCUGCAAGCCCCAUGAAUUUGAGAAGUUCCGCCUCGCCAUAGGCGACCUGGACAAAGUGGUCAACCUGCUGCUCUCGCUGUCUGGAAGGCUGGCCCGAGUGGAGAACACCCUCAUUGGCCUGAAUGCAGAGGAGGAGGAGGAGAAGAUGGCCCUCCUGGCGAAGAAGCGACAGCUGACAGCACAGCUGGAGGAUGCCAAGGAGCUGCAGGAGCAUGUGGCUCAGCGGGAGCAGCUCGUCUUUGCCAGCAUCUCACGCUGCUUGCCCUCCGAGCAGUUGCAAGACUAUCAGCACUUUGUGCGCAUGAAGUCUGCCUUGGCGAUCCAGCAGCGGCAGCUGGACGAUAAGAUCAAGCUGGGUGAGGAGCAGCUGCAUUGUCUCUGGGAGAGCCUGGCUCUGAGGCCCAGGGAGCACUAGAGGAGCCAGGACCCGACUGGCUGGGAGGAGGGCUGGAUGCAAACUGCAGGACCUCUGCAAUCUUCUGUCCUCCGGAAAGAGAUGGUGCCUUUUGCCAAAGAGCCUGUCUGUUCCUCCUCUCUGUGGCCAAGGAAGACGGGGUCACCCAUGUGCCCUUUGCCACAAAGAUGUGCCCACCUGCAGUUAGGAUCAGUUGUCCCGGCUGCUGCUCAAGAUGGCUGUGGGAAUCCUGAGUCACUGGAAUGAAGAGGCAGCAGGGUCCUCGCAGCCUCCCCAAACUACCCGGCUGGCCCCAUCCCUUCCAGGGAUCACACAGCCUAGCAUGGACAAAGAAGUUUCCCUCGCGCAAUACUUGGAGGGAGACGUUCCAAACUCAACUGUGGGACCCGUUCCUCACCUUAAGUGCCUACAAGCCUCAAAGGUGCCUUUUCUACUGGUCCAUGUUAUUUAUUUUCUGCUAUUGCUAUGUUAAAGUUUGUUUCCAAGUGAAACCUGGAUGUGGGUCAGGCAAGGGCCGGGUGGCUGGACGGGCUGUUUCAGAGCCCAGGUCCGCAGCGGCUUCCCCGCAGAGUCCUUCCUUGGCCCACGAAGCCCUGCCAGUGGCAUCGCAUCUUCGUUGCAUCCUGCCAGAAUCCCCAACUAAGCCCUGGAGCUGCUGCUUCAGUCUUCCCGUGGAAGGGACCGGCAUGAGGUCACCAGCAGCAGCAGACAAUCUCAUGUGCCUCACCUUGCCUUCCUCCUGCAGCCAGGCCUGAGUGGGCUCAGGUGGCUGCCAUUCAGCAGCAAAACUGUGCCAGGGAGAUAGCAUGGGAGACAUUUCCUGCAGCGCCAGGGUCGUGUGAGGAUCAGGCCUGGGGAAGCCUGGCUUUGCAGUGGGGUGUGGUCAGACCCUUAAGCCAGCGAUGGUGGAGUGACAGCAGGCAUAUACCUGAGCCUGCCUUUUUCAUGAGCUAUGAGCUGGCUACCUUAAUUUAUCCACGGGAUCAACGGGCAAUCCAGCCCCAGUCACCAGCUUUUUCCCUCAGCCUUGGCCAGAUAGCCCUGCCCUGGGAGAGAGUCUCCCUUCUAUCUUCCUGGCACGGCCUAAAGCUGCAAUGCCCUGGCAAGAACAUUUUGGUGGGGGGGGGGGAGGAACCGGGACUGAAUAACAAGGGCUUCUCUUUCUACCUCUCCUGUAUCCACAGCAGAGGAAUGUGUUGGGAUCCUGCCACGGCUAUUGUGACCCUAACAUCCUCUUCCUCUCCAUUGUCCUUGGCCCAGUGCAGGAAGCUAAGUCUGCUUGGCUUAACCUCUUCAGUGCUGGGCUGCCUGGAACUCAUGGCUGUACAUUCUCCCUUCGAGGAAGGAGAAUAAGACUUGGGCCAUGCUGCCUUAGCAUUCUGGGCCUCAAGAGAAAUGAAAAUUCCACUGUCUGGGCUCCUGACAAGCAGGGAAGGAAGAUAGUUUGUCCCUCUUUAACCCUCAAAGAGGGAGAUCCAGUUUUUCCAGACCAGCUUUUCAACCUGGUGCUCUCUGGAGCUGGGAUGCAGCUCCUAAAUGCUCCAGGAGGUCAAGGGUGGCCAAGCUAAAUCCAGUGGCCCAGGCCACUCGGCCUUGGACUGCUUCCCACCUUGGGCUUCUAAGGAGGGACUUGUGAUCCUUCCUCUGAAGGGCUGAGCCGGCCUUUAUUCUUUUGGAAAGAUCUGGGCUUAAGGGACUUGAACGCCUGCCUGUUGGUACCCUUCUGGAAAAGUACUCAGAUAUGACAGCCCAUAAUCACCAAUGAACCACUUGGCAGUUGCCUUCUGUUUCUGCUUUAGCCUCUGCUGGUCCUGGAAGUGCCCUGAGAGUGGGGGCGAGUCUGCUGUUUUGGAAGCAGGAGUCAGGAGGACAGCCUCUUUCUGCUUUUCCCAGGCAAAUCUUGGAAAUUCGCCCUGUGUCUUCCAACCUGACCUCCUACUGCCUGCUCCCCCCCCCCAUUUCCGGCUUGCUUGAGACCAAAGCCUUUUGUGCAGAGUUGGCUGUAAAAGCGUGGCACAUUUAUGUGCACCAAAAAGAGGAGGCCAGGUUGCCUGGUGACUCUCCGGGCCCAGCUUCUGGCUGUCCAACACAGGACUCUGCAUUGAGUGGGAAGGAGCUCUGUGCAACCUAGGACCUUGGCGAUUACCAGCUUCCCCUUCCUCCCCUUCCAUGUCUCCCACCUGCAGCUCCCUGUACUUAUUUGUAGGAACAGGGUUGUUCCCUGCCCAUUCCUGCCCCUCUCCCUGCCUGGCUUGCUCUGAGCAGCUGCUCUGCCCAAGCAGCCCCUCCUCAGCGCAGGUGGAACCCAAGUGCCAACUCUGGAGGCAUGUUGCUAUGUGAUUAAAUGCUUGAGUUGCUGACUGUAAUUUUGUGCUUCCUACACACCAAAGAAUCUAUGGUUCCUGUCCAACGUUUCCACAGCAAGAUCUUUUCAGUUGUAUUUCCAAAGGUGUUUUGACACCACCACCUCCAGCAGCUUGUGUCUUGGUUGCGGGUGCAAUUAUGGGAAUGGGGGGGAAAGCAGAAUCACAUGUUGUAUUAAAUUGGUGCUAACUGGG